GGGAGUCAGGAAGAUGAAAUCUUUUCUCAGCAGGCAGGAUCAGUGUCAUUAAAAGGAGGGACUCACGCUUUUCCAGCUUGAAUCACUGAGCCUUCUGCCCGUUUGCCUGCUGCCUUUCAAAAAUCAUCAUGCCCCGGGGUCAGAAGAGUAAGCUCCGAGCCCGUGACAAACAUCGCCAGGCUCCAGAAAAGCCCCAGGAUCUGGUGAGUGCUCAGGCCACCACAGCAGUGGGAGAAGUUUUCUGCUCUCCUCAUUUCAACAGCUCAGCUGCUGCUGGGUCAUAUCACAGUCCCCAGGAGCCUCAGAGAGCCACAGCCACCAUCACUACUGCUCUGGCUGUUUCACACACAAGAUCAAAUGAAGGUGUCAACAACCAAGGGGAGGAAAGGCCAAGAUCCUCCAAGGCCCAUUCCACCACUGUGCCCUUUCAGAGAGACCCACUCGUUGAGAAGGUGGUUUUGUUGGUGCAUUACCUGCUGCACAAAUAUCAAAAGAAAGAGCUCAUUACCAAGGCAGGAAUGCUGAGAAAUGUAAUCCAAAUGAAUAGGAAGCAGUUCCAUGAGAUCCUCAAGAGAGCCUCUGAGCACUUGGAGCUGGUUUUUGGUCUUGACUUGAAGGAAGUAGAUCCCAAACGGCACAUCUAUGUCCUUGUGAACAAACUGGAACCAAGUUAUGAUGCAGUAUCGAGUGAUUAUGAUGGUGUGCCCAAGACAGGCUUGUUAAUGAUUGUUCUGGGUGUGAUCUUCACAGAGAGCAACUGUGCCAGUGAGGAGCAAGUCUGGAAAACACUGAAUGCUAUAGGGUUAUAUGAAGGGAGGGAGCACUUCAUCUUCGGGGAGCCCAGGAAGCUUAUCACCAAGGAUUUUGUGAAAGAAAAGUACCUGGAGUACCGCCAGGUGCCCGGCAGCGAUCCUCCACGCUAUGAGUUCCUGUGGGGCCCAAGAGCCCACACCGAGACCAGCAAGAUGAAAGUCCUGGAGUUUCUAGCCAAAGUCAAUGAUACCGUCCCUAGUGCCUUCCCAGACUGGUAUGAAGAGGCUUCACAAGAUGAGGAAGAAAGAGCCCAAUCUAGAGCUGCAGCCAGGGCUCACACCACUGCCAUGGCCAGUGCACAUUCCAAGGCCACAACCAGUGCACGCUCCAGGGCCAAAACCAGUGUGCACACCAAGGCCAUGCCAGUAGCUCCUCCAACCCCUAAUAAAGUCUGAGGAAGAUUUUUUCA